AUGCCUUUCACUUAUUCCAUGAUCGCUCGCCCAUACCAAUAUCCUCAAUAUGAUCCUAUGGAUUUCGAUCUCGCAGAUCACCAGCAACUCUCAACGUAUCAACGUGAUCAAGAGGAAGAGCGAAAGAACCAGCUACGCGCCGCCAACCAAGAACUCGCAAAACAACGACGUGCCCGUAUCAGGGAAGAACUCCGACAAUACCGACUCCGGAAACUCCGAUUCGCGAAUGCAUGGAAUAGACGACGACACUAUGAAAAAGUACGGGUUCGACAACAGGAAGACUUGGACAAGUUAGCCAAGAAGGUUAAGAUCCUCGUUGCUAAACAACGCGCUGAAGAACCAGAGCGUCGGGAAAGAGAGAUGAUCAUGCGUCGUGUUGAAGAAGCGAGACAGUUUAUUUGGGAAAACAAUUUAACGCAUUGUAUGUGUGAGAAGGAUCGCAGAGAGCGAGCUCGUAUUCAUGCUAAAGAAGAAGAGAAGGCGAAGUGGCAGUAG